GAGACCUUCAGUUAAGCUCCUCCUACAACAUUCCACCAAUAAAUACUGGAGUCAAACACACAGAGAAAUCAAUCACUCCAUGUGAGACAACUGAAAUCGUGUUGGUGCUGGUAAAAGAGAAGUUUUAGAAGAUGAGAGAUCCACAACCAUGCAGAAUGGAGAAUGAAGAUACAGAGGAACAAAAAGAUAUGAUGGAAGUGAAUAAGGACAGUCAAGCUGAAGUGAAUGAAGCGGAUGGGAAACAUCAGAAUGUAAAAACAAAAUGUCAUGUUCGACAGAAAGGAUCUCUGAGAAGGAGAGACAAAAUGUGUAAAAAGAGUUUCAGAAAAGUUGGAGGCCCUGCAGAUCACAUGAGGACUCAUCUGUGUGGAAAGAGCUUCAGAAUCAAAGCACUCUUUAACGCACAUAUGAGAAUUCACACUGGAAAGAAACCAUUUAAAUGUCAUACAUGUGAAAAGUUUUUCACAUGUUAUAGUGCCCUCGAUAUACACACAAGAACUCACACUGGAGAAAAGCCGCACAAAUGCCAGCAGUGUGGAAAGAGUUUUGCCAUUGAAAGUAACCUUAAAAGACACAUGAGAGUUCACACCGGAGAAAAACCUUUUGAAUGUCAUCAAUGUGGAAAGUUUUUCACAUGUUAUAGUGCCCUUAAGGAACACAUGAGAAUUCACACUGGAGAAAAACCGUACAAAUGCCAGCAGUGUGGAAAGAGUUUUGCCAUUGGAAGUUACCUUAAUAAACACAUGAGAAUUCACACUGGAGAGAAACCUUACACAUGUCAUCAGUGUGGUAAGAGUUUUGCCAUUGAAAAUAACCUCAAGAUACACAUGAGAAUUCACACUGGAGAGAAACCAUUCAAAUGCAGUCAGUGUGACAAACGUUUCACCCAAAAAGCAUGUGUUAAAACGCACAUGAGAAUUCACACUGGAGAGAAACCAUUCACAUGUAAACAGUGUGGGAAGAGUUUUGCCCAUAAAUCAACCAUGGACUACCACAUGAGAAUUCACACUGGAGAGAAACCGUUCAAAUGCAGUGAGAAUGAGAAGAGUUUUACCACUAGAAGUAACCUUAAUACAAACAUGAGAAUUCUCACAGAAGAGAAACCAUUCAAAUGCAGUCAGUGUGACAAACGUUUCGCCCAACAAUCAGGUGUUGAUAGACACAUGAGGGUUCACACCGGAGAGAAACCUUUUGAAUGUCGACAAUGUGGAAAGUUCUUCGGAUGUUCCGGUGCCUUCAUUAAACACAUGAGAAUUCACACUGGAGAGAAACCUUACUCGUGUCAUCAGUGUGGUAAGAGUUUUGCCAUUGAAAAUAACCUCAAGAUACACAUGAGAAUUCACACUGGAGAGAAACCAUUCAAAUGCAGUCAGUGUGACAAACGUUUCACCCAAAAAGCAUGUGUUAAAACGCACAUGAGAAUUCACACUGGAGAGAAACCAUUCACAUGUAAACAGUGUGGGAAGAGUUUUGCCCAUAAAUCAACCAUGGACUACCACAUGAGAAUUCACACUGGAGAGAAACCGUUCAAAUGCAGUGAGAAUGAGAAGAGUUUUACCACUAGAAGUAACCUUAAUACAAACAUGAGAAUUCUCACAGAAGAGAAACCAUUCAAAUGCAGUCAGUGUGACAAACGUUUCGCCCAACAAUCAGGUGUUGAUAGACACAUGAGGGUUCACACCGGAGAGAAACCUUUUGAAUGUCGACAAUGUGGAAAGUUCUUCGGAUGUUCCGGUGCCUUCAUUAAACACAUGAGAAUUCACACUGGAGAGAAACCUUACUCGUGUCAUCAUUGUGGUAAGAGUUUUGCCCAACAUUCAGGUUUAACAACGCACAUGAGAACUCACACCGGAGAGAAACCGUUCAAAUGCAGUCAGUGUGACAAAAGUUUCACCCAACAAUCAGGUGUUGAUAAACACAUGAGUAUUCACACCGGAGAGAAACCUUUCGAAUGUCAUCAAUGUGGGAAGUUCUUCAAAUGUAAUAGUGCUCUCAAUACACACAUGAGAAUUCACACUGGAGAGAAACCGUUCACAUGCCAGCAGUGUGGAAAGAGUUUUACCUUUAGUAGUAACCUUAGAAUACAUAUGAGAAUUCACACCGGAGAGAAACCGUUCAAAUGCAGUCAGUGUGACAAAAGUUUCACCCAACAAUCAGGUGUUGAUAGUCACAUGAGAAUUCACACUGAAGAUAAACCUUACAAAUGCAGUGAGUGUACGAAGAGUUUUACCACUGGAAGUGACCUUAAUACACACAUGACAAUUCACACCGGAGAGAAACCAAUCAAAUGCAGUCAAUGUGACAAAAGAUUCAUCCACAAAUCAAGUCUUGAUAGACACAUGAAAAUUCACACUGGAGAGAAAACAUUUAAAUGUCAGCAAUGUGGAAAGUUUUUCGACUGCUAUAGUAACCUUAACAGACACAUGAGUGUUCACACUGGAGAAAAACCGUUCAAAUGCAGUCAGUGUGACAAAAGUUUUGCCCAGCAAGGUGGUGUUAAUAAACACAUGAAAAUUCACACCGGAGAAAAACCUUUUGAAUGUCAUCAAUGUGGAAAGUUUUUCAGAUCCUCUAAUAGCCGUAAUACACACAUGAGAACUCACACUGGAGAGAAACCGUUCACAUGCCAGCAGUGUGGAAAGAGCUUUACCACCGCUGGUCACCUUAAGGAACACAUGAGAGUUCACACCGGAGAGAAACCUUUCGAAUGUCAUCAAUGUGGAAAAACGUUCAGCGGUUAUAGUAGCCGUAAUACACACAUGAGAAUUCACACUGGAGAGAGAGCGUUCACCUGUCAUCUGUGUGGAAAGAGCUUUAUCACCGGUGGUCAGCUUAAGACACACAUGAUAACUCACACUUGCAGUCAGUGUGGAAAGAGUUUUCGGGACAAAAAUACACUUAAGAUACACAAAAAAAUUCACACCGGAGUAAAACCUUUUGAGUGUCAUCAAUGUGGAAAAUUUUUCAGAUGCUCUAGUAGCCGUAAUAUACACAUGAGAAUUCACACCACAGAGAAACCUUAGCGUGAAGACGCUUUGAAGAAUCACAUGGGAACUCACACUGGAGUCUUACAGUCCACAUGAGGGUUCACACUGGAGAGAAACCAUUUACGUGUAAACGGUGUGGGAAGAGUUUCACAUGGAAAUGUAGUUUCAGGACUCUCACUUUGGAAAAAAGCCAUUAAAAUGUGAUGAGUGCGGUAAAAUGUUUAAAUCCUCAUCAUAUCUGAUGAUACACAGAGUGUUUGUCUGUUUGAAAUUUAAAAAAACAUGUUGGUUCGAGAUGUCAUAUGUGCUUUGAGUGUGAACAAUGUACUACUGGACCCCAAUGUUCAGUUUGGGACCCCUAGACCCUGUUCAAGUUUUUUAUUCUGAUAUUUCAUGACUUUUUUUAAUUAACAUAAGAUAAAUUGAGAAUUUUGAAAGUUUUUUUACUUAUUGACUGCACAUGUGAUGAACCCAGUAAUAAAGGUUAUUCUGACCACAAUUUAUUUUUUGCAUGCUUGUAAUCUGUUUGGUACC